UUAGCCCACCCAAUUACUCCACAGAUCGCCCUGAUACCAACUAAUUCUACCUCCGAGAGUCUUGGUUUGACACUCCUUGCACAAAAGGCUCGUACGUCCAUUUGAUCGGAGAGUUCACUGCUGCCGGAGUUUGCGUUGUCGACAACUCCAACAACAUGAUUAUUCUUCAUCCGGACCACCUCAUUUCCGCGACUGUCGUUGCAGACGCAAUUAGUUGCCAACGGAGAGCUGUUCUUCAGGACCGUAUCAAAUCCGCAAGCGACCUAGGCAAACCUCAAGUAUACGGGAACAUAUUUCAUGAGGUCUUCCAGACUGCUUUGAGAGCCAACCGCUGGGACUUGAGCUGGCUACAGAAAACCGUUCAGGAUAUCCUCGCCGGCUACGUCGAUAGCUUAUAUGCGUACGAAAUCCCAGCUUCACAUCCCCACUUUUGAUCCAUGACUGAUUUGAACCUAGGCCGAGUCUGUGGUUGAGGAUCGUCAUAAUACCAAGGCUUCCUUGAGCAUCAACAAACUGCUUGAGGUCGAAGAACAUGUGUGGUCUCCUAUGUACGGAUUAAAAGGAAACAUCGAUGCCACUGUUCAAAUAGCCUACACCGACGGUAAUGAUCAUGCCACUCUCACGGUUCCCCUGGAACUCAAAACCGGUCGAAAGGACUCAAAUCAGGCGCAUAGAGCACAAACGGCUCUCUACACAUUGCUUCUCUCUGACCGCUACG